UUGUACUUCCCUGAGAACUGCAAGGUGCUCGUAGCUACACAAUCAAAACAACUUAUUAAACGGUAGAUUAAUUAAACAUGGAAUCCAGAAUUGGAUAAUAUAUAAAAUUGGUUCGUCUGAAUAAAAAUUCGAGAUCAGAUAUACUUUGGGUAGCAAGAAAACAACGAACAUUCGGUUGCUAACCACGCGUUUCAUCGACUGCUUCUCAACAACGGAAGUGCAUAAAAUUAAUUGCUUUGGUUCUAAUCAGAAGAUAAAAUGAGUACCAUGGUAGAUAAUAGAUGGGAUCCUAUUCUUCAGAACCAACAAGGACCAAUUACAUCUGGCUAUGUUAGUAACAGUGAUAUCAGGCAGAGAGAAAGAAAAGAUCAAAUUAAAUGGGAAAGACAAAGAGAGUAUGAGGACCUGAUGAAUAAGCCAGGGGAACCAGAGCAAGGCCAACAACAACAGCCAAACCCACCAGUAUAUUAUAAAACUGGAGGAGCUGGAAAUAGCUUACCAUUAGGAGGUUACGAGGAAUCCCGUAAGACUUUAGACGAUCAGCGCCAACAAGAUUACAUUCGAUUUGUAACCCAGAAAAAAGAUACAGAAAACAAGAGGAGAGAAGAAUUGUACAGAAACUCUCAACAGAAUUAUAGACCUCCCCCUGAACCAGAAAUGUAUGAUCACGGUCAGAUAGCAAAAGACCUCAGAGAAGAAAGACAAAAGGAAUAUAAUGAUUAUCUCAAACAGAAAAUAUCAGAGGAACACUCUCGUAUCAAACACCGCCAUAGAAACACACCAGCUGGUGGGCUAGCUAUAGGGCAGUACGACCUUCAAAGGAAAAGACUUCGAGAUGAACUCAGUCGUGAUUACAAACAGUCUUUACUCAAGCAAAGACAGGAUCAGUUGGUAUUUAGGGCAAAGGAAUUUCAACUGGAUUCAGCCCCUGAAUAUCUGGGCAACUUAACCGAGGAGAGACCUCUUGUAGGCUCUCCACGACUCUCUUAUGAGAUUCCGAGAUAUCAGAGAGAACAGGAAAUUCACACCAGACGACAAAUGCCACCCACUCCACCUGGUGGUCUGAAUAUUGCCACAGAACAAGAAAGAAAAAGGGUGGAAGAUAUAAAGAAAACAAUGUACAGAGAUGAACUCUUAAAGCAACAAAAAGAGCAGUUAUAUAACAGAGCUACACAGCAAGGUGAAGUCUCUGUACUCAACAGAUCAUCUCCCACUCAGGCUCCUCCUAACCAGAUCUCUCCUAGAGGAAGACCACCUCCACAUCCAGACUCAGGUAGACGGAGGGGACCACCACCUCAACAGAAUGACAGAAUGCAGGAAAAAUCCAGAGAGACUCCAAACUACUGGAAUGAAGGGCAACAAGCUCCAUCUCCAAAAUCUGUAGAAUCAGAUAGCAAAAAUGUCAAACCUAUAAAUGUUGAAUCUGAAACAAAAAACAAACAGCCUAUGGAAAGUCACAGACCCCAGGAUGGAGAUCUGAGGACCGGAUUCUUUGACGACAGAAGAGCGAGUCCAUUAAACAGAGAUGAAAGACAACAUGAUUAUCAACAGUUUUUAGCAAAUAAACAGCGAGAGGAUGAAAUGAAACAUCAGAGAUUAGAGGACCAACGACACGCACCACAUCUGAACUUAUCAAAGGGAGAUUACUAUGAUGCUGAAACGUAUGAACAAAAGAGAAUGUCUUUAAACUCAGAGAGAAAGAAUGAUUACCAGAACUUCCUUUCAAAGCAAAAGGAGAACAAAAUGUCUCAAGUUAAAGAAACGGAAGAUUUUCAAACAGAAAGACACCAUGUUUUAGCCAAAGAGAGAAACCGGGAAUACAAUGAGUUUUUAGAACAGAAACGAAAAAUGAGACCUAUAACAAGAGACAUGGGCGGGAUUACUUACGCAUCUAAUUACAAGACAGAUACCCGACCUCAUUCUGACAGAGUAUUGUCCCUUUAUAAAGCUUUACCACCUGAUCAGAGAUCAGAUAUGAGGUUAAGACCAGUGACCCCUGACCAUUGGUCAGCUAGUUUAAGUAUCAAUGAAGAUGCCAAGGCGGCCACCAAAAUGUCAAUGAAAAUGGAAAGGAAAAGAGAAUAUAACAAUUACAUUAAAAACCAAACCACGAAAAAGCCCCAAGGAUUGACAAAGGAGAAAACUCCACAAGGCUACGGCAGUCUUCAUUUCAAUGAAGAAUAUAGUGAAAGAAGGGAGAAAGCACAGAAACAUGCUCUCAAUGAGGAAUAUAACCAAUACCUUACAAAGGAAGGUUUAAAAGAUGUAAAAGUUGAACCUCUCCAAUUGGAGGAAGAUUAUCAGACUAGAAGACAAAAAGAACUAGCCAUAGAAAGGCAUCAGGAUUUUAUAGAUUAUUUGGAUAAGACAAGUCGUCCUUCGUAUAGACAGUAUACACCAGAAAGUCUUCAGGGGUUACCUAUAGGUCAGACACGCUAUGAUCAUCAGAAAAAACAACAAGAAGUACAACGAAACAGAGAAUAUAACGAACAUUUAGCUAAGAAAGGAGAGAAGAUUGGAAUGGAGGAUGAAUUACUGACCAGACGAGAUAUGACCUUGAAGAAAUACAUGGAAGAUCAAGUUAGGAGUGAAAUGCACGACAAGAAGACACCUGAACAGGGAAGAAGGGAAUGGAUAGAUACAUCAGGCCCUAAAGGAAUUAUUGCUGGGGUCGAUUCAUAUAACUAUGAUAAACGUAAAAACUUUGCUGAGGAACGGAAACAAGAAUAUAAAGAUAUUAUGGAAAAGAAAGCAGGUGUUUCUUCCACCAAAGUAGAGGUUGAGGAACCAGUUCAAGAAGAGGAGCCAGCUUUAGAACGGAAACCUACCACCCCUAUUAACCUUAAUGCUGUGAAGAUUUUCCCCGUUGGAUCAGGUUAUACCAGAAGACAGCGCGAAUUACAAGCAGAAAGAAAGAAAAAUUUUAAAGACUUUGCUGAAAAGCAAGAACCUCCUAGAGAAAGAAUUAAAGAGUUUGGUACUCCUGGUGCUGUGUUGUUUACAGGGGAGUACGAAAAAACACGUCAGAAAGUUAGAGACGAGAGGACGAAAGAUUAUCAUGAGUUUAUACAGAAACAUGGAGGCCAUGCUCCUCGACGAAUGCCAGACCAAGCUCCUGCUAACAGUAUAGGUUUUAUGGCUAACCUUGGUAGAGAUGGAGAGAGAGAAAAACUGAAUAAAGAACGACAGGGAGAAUACAGGAAGUUCUUAGACGAGAAAACGAAAAUUGAGAAUGAAAAUGUGUUGAAAAAAAUAGCAGAUUCUGAGGAGAAAGCUUUUGGUAAAGAAGGCAUGCCACGGGGGCGACCUAACUGGGUAGAUGGAAAGGUACCGCCUGAUAGUUGGUUCCAGCAAGAUCCCCCACCAUUUCACAAAAGUCCUGUAAGAGACCAGGAACCUCCAAGAGAUCGUCCAGCAAGUUAUGGCAGAAGACAAACUCCAUCAUAUGAGGAAAUUUUAGACUCAAAGCGAAGAGAGGAAGCUUCAUACAGACGAUUUGAAGAUCCAGAAUACUCAAGGGGUGGUGGACUAGGUGGACCAAAUGACAGAUAUGACUAAUGGUAUUCCUGGAAGGAAGAAAAAGCUCAUCACCAUAGCAACACCAUUAAUAAUGAUGACCUAACAACAGAACAAAUAGGGAUGACUUAGCAACCAAAUAAACUGUGAUAUUUAUGUCAAAUAUUUGUGAUGUUUGGAAAUAUUUAACCAAGAAAAUAAGGAAGGAUAACUCUCUUGUAUUAUAUAUGACAAUGUUUUAUUUAUCCAGAGGAUUAUCAAGUCUUUUUACUAAUACAUAUUACAGAUGAAACAUAAACUUGGAUUUUUAUUAUAAAAAUGAAAUUGGAUACACUUUUAUUUGUUAAAAAGUUAAUACAGAUUGUAGAUAAACAAUUUAGACAUAGAAAGGAAACCCAUAGUUAUUAUUUUGUUAUAGAUAUAUUAAGAAACACAGAAUAUUUGUGCCAAAUUAUCAUUUCUUUUAUACAUAUUUAAGUAAAAAGUUGUGUAAAAUAAAUAAUUUACAUCAAGAAUGAAAUUUUGUUUUUCGUUUAAUUUCAUUUAUUUGAAAGGGAUAGAUUUUUUAUGAUUAUGCAUUAUAACAAAAACUGAAUUAUUCAUUUUUAAAAUUUAGAUAAAUAUCUUAUCUUUACGCCUUCAGUUUCGUUGUUUUGAAGGUAUAGGUUAUUUUGUUUUUAUUUUAUCAUACAAAACAAAAGAAAAUAAUAGAUCAGCACAAAUCAGACAAUUUUACUUUAUUUUCUUUCGAUAUUUAUUUAGAAUUUAGGUCCGUCUCUUAAGAACAGAAGUGACUGCUUCAUUGUAACAUAAUAUGACACAUACUAUUUUAUAUUAUUUCACAUUUUGUAUGAUUAUUUUUUUCUAUAUCAUACUUUAUUUUUAUAUAUAUUUAAUUUAUUAUCAAUAUCCGUCCAUACCUAUUGCCAUAUUCUAAGAUAUAUUUGUCAUAAUAAUCCUAUCAGUAUUUCAUUAUUCGUUGGUCUCUUCAUUCCAAUUCUUGUGUUUACAAGAGGGUUUAUAAAAUAUUCAAACAUAUAUUUUAAGUUCAUUUUAAUUUUUUGUUUUUUUGUUUUUGUAUAUUUAUGUUAGGCUGUUUGUGUGUCUAAUAUCGUUGUCUUUGGUUUAUUAAUAUUUUUAUACUUGUUUGUUAUAACUAAGACUUAGUUAUCAUUGCCAGAAAUAGCUAAUAUGUCAAAUCAAGGUUCUGAUGACAUUGAAUGUUCAAGAUAAACAAACUUUUUAGUUUAAAGUUUAAAAUAUAUGGAGUGAUGCAUAUUAAGCAGAUUUAUUGAAGAUUAAAGUCAAUAUUUCUUAAUUUUAAAGUAAGUGACACAAAUGAAUUUGUAUACAAGAAUAAUUCUGGUUUGAAAUUUCACAUUAAAGCAUUUAUUGAAUUUUUAGAAUAAUUGUAACAGUAUGAAAAGAUUAUGUUAUUUUAGUUCUUUCACUUUUAUUUUUUUUAAUCGGAUCAGAAACAUGCAACUCUACUUGAUGUUAAUAAAACUUGCCAAUUGUAAUUUGAAUACAUUUUAUGUUGAUGUCACUGUGAUCUUCUUUAAUGUUUGAACGUUUUGGGAUCUGGGUAUAAGUGUUACUAUAGUGCUAGGUAUAUGUUGAAGCAUCAGUGCUACACCUCUUAUUUAUUUGUAUAAGAUAGAGAAUUAUGAAGAAAUAAAAUGUUUUCAUAUCUUUUAAA